CUCAUCUCCUUUCUCUUUUCUUUGCAGUCUCGUCUCCAAGCGUUUCCUGUGUGUGUGGGGACACAGCUUGCGAGGCGUUCGAUCUCAGGGUUUUGGUUAUCGAUUCAGUCGCCGGUGUGACUUUUCUCUGUUCUUCCUUCGGUUGCGUGUUUAAUACUCGCUGUGCUCUUGGUCCUCCUCAGUCUGUGUAAAGUUUCGUUAAGUUUUCCCUCUUCCUGACCUGAUUGGACCCGAUUGGAUCCUUGAGGCUUGCGACUCUGUUGACAAGCAGAGAGAGGGAUUUCGAUUUGGAUCAUGACCUGUGAGUCUGGAACUUUGAGUUGUACACUGGAGCAAUUUGUUUGACUCUUGCUGCAUUUGUGCCAUUAGGCCGGCGCUGAGGCCGGGUGGUUUGGCCUAGUUGUUGUAGGAACCGGGAGUUGUGUGACUUAGGGCAAGGGAUUGGUCGAGCAGUGAUUGAUUGGCUGUAGGCUCAUUGCAAUAUAUUUCGCGUCGGUAUGGCGUCCGAGGACGUGCUAGAUCGCGAUUUGCUGUUUCGGAAAAUGAAGACCAAGUCCGAAAACAAGAUGUGUUUCGACUGCAAUUCGAAGAAUCCCACUUGGGCGUCAGUGACGUAUGGAGUGUUCAUAUGCCUGGACUGUUCAGCUCUACAUCGUAGUCUCGGUGUCCACAUUAGUUUUGUCAGGUCCACCACUUUGGAUACUUGGAACCAGGAUCAAUUGAAGUUAAUGAGCUUGGGUGGCAAUGGCCGAGCACAUGUGUUCUUUAAACAGCACGGUUGGACUGAAGGAGGACGAAUCGAAGCGAAGUAUACCUCAAGAGCAGCAGACCUCUAUCGCCAGCUCCUAGCCAAGGAAGUGGCUAAGAGUGUGGCUGCUGCUGCUGCUAACAGUGCCUCUCAGAAGUCGAAGGGGGCUCCAUCGCCCAAAGUCGAUGACUUUUUUUCUGUAGAACAUCCGAAAGAGCGUGCUGACCCCACUCCUGCACCCAUGCCUGCUCCUGCUCCUGCUGCUGCCCCACCUCCCACUCACACCCCAGCUAUCAGUGCUCGACCAAUUACCAGUGGAUCAAGAAAGCCAAGUUUAUCUCUCGGAGCCAAGAAAGUUGGUGCAACCAAAUCUGGAGGUCUUGGUGUAAAAAAACUCACCACAAAGACCAGCGAAGACCUUUACGAUCAAAAGCCAGCUGAGGUACAGCCCGAACCAGCAGCUCCAGCACUUUCAUCUGGGGCAACCACGCAAUCGGCUCCGCGGUCAUCGCGCUUCCUGUACAUGGAUGAUGUCCCAGCAAGCAAUGACUCUGAUCAUAAAAACUCCAGCUCUAGCCAUGUAGCUCCCCCCUCAACAAAUUCAGAUUUCUUUUCCGAGUUCGGAGGAUCUCCUGUCAAGUCCUCAUUCAACAGUGGACGUGCCAAGACACAGGUUGACGACAGCCAUGAGGCACAAAAGAAAUUUGCCAAUGCCAAAUCCAUCUCUUCUGCACAGUUUUUUGGUGAUCAAUAUAAAAACAAUGAUCAGGGAAAUUCUGGGCGUCUAGAGAAAUUCGCUAACUCGUCCUCUAUAUCGAGUGCUGCCUAUUUUGACCGUGAAGAAGUUGGCUCUCCCGGCAGUUCUUCUAUUGACGUUACGGCGAGUGAGCUCAUGUCUAAACUCACAUACCAGGCCUCGCAGGAUAUUUCAGCCUUAAAAAACAUGGCAGGAGAAACUGCCACGAAGUUCUCGUCUAUCGCUUCAAGUUUUAUUGCAGAUCUACAGGAUCGCAUCAGGUAGAUAGCAUUUAAUUCUUGCUUCGAGGGUUGCAUGCUUUGCUCUAAAAAUCUAAGAAACUGCUGUCUAGUUUCUAGUUGCUCACCAGAAAACUUCGAUCAGCUUCUGAUAUAAUAGAUGUUAGGCUGGAAGAUAGAACUGCAUAUACCUUUGGGCUGCUGCUCUUUCAGCAUGGUGUGCUUCACUUACAAUUAUAAUUACCUAUCUGCUUCAUGGUGGAUUAUCUGUGCAACAGUGGGUUUAUCAGGACCAUUCAGUUAUUUCUUAUAUCUUGACACUGGUAUCAGCCUUGAA